UGAAACCUUUGUCCUAGAAGUCAGAGGAAUGCACAGCUGCAGCUGAGGCACAGUUACUUUUGGUGAGCUUAGUUUUUGUGAGGACAUCUGAGUAGAUCAUGGAUGGAUGUAACCCCAGAGCUGAAGCUCCUUCAAUGGAGCCCAGUGCCAAGCUAUUCUGCUGUCGCUGUGUGAGGCGCUGCCUCCCUCUGGUUUACCGAGAGGAGCUCUACCACAUCCUGAGGAUGACUGGGCCCCUGCUUGUAUGCCGGGUCUUGAAUUUCCUUCUUUUCUUUGUGGUCACAAUGUUCUGUGGCCGCCUGGGGAACACUGUACUGGCAGGUUAUGGCAUGGCUUCAGCUACAAUAAAUGUAACUUCUGCAGCAACUGGAUUAGGGCUAUGUUUGGCCUGUGAUACAAUGGUUUCACAGACAUUUGGCAGUAAGAACUUGCUACAUGUAGGAGUAAUCCUGCAAAGGAGCAUUCUGAUCAUGCUGCUCUUCUGUCUUCCCUGCUGGGGUAUGCUUAUUAACACCCAGUCCCUCCUGCUCCUGGUGGGACAAGACCCUGACAUAGCCAGGGUAGCCCAGAUUUAUGUUGAGGCAUACCUUCCUGCUCUUCCAGCUUUAUUUCUGUACCAACUGCAGGUGUCUUAUCUCCAAAACCAGGGUGUGAUUGUACCUCAAAUAUAUGCAUCUGUGGUGGCCAAUAUUGUGAAUGUGCUGUUCCAUUACAUUUUGCUAUUUUGGUGGGAUUUUGGAGUACAUGGCUCUGCAGCAGCCAAUUGUUUUGCACAGAUCUUUUCCUGUUUCUGUUUGUUUGCUUACAUUCGCUUAAAGAAGCUCCAUGUUAAGACAUGGGGAGGCUGGUCCUCAGAGUCACUGCAGCUGUGGGGAAACUACAUGAAGUUGGCUAUUCCCAGUACACUAAUGUUGUGUUUUGAAUGGUGGAUCUAUGAAAUUGGAGGAUUCUUAGCAGGAAUGCUGGGUGAAGUCAACUUGGCUGCUCAACAUGUGGUUAUAAUGCUGGCUUAUAUAAACUACAUGAUCCCAGCUGGUUUACAAGGUGCAGCCUGUGUGCGUGUGGGUAAUGCACUAGGAGCUGGAGAUACAGCUGGAGCCAUUCUCACUAGCAAAGUUUCUCUGAUCUGUGCAGCUGUACUGGCAAUCAUUCAGGGUGUGGUGCUUGGUGCCACAAAAACAGUCAUUGGAUUUUUGUUCACUUCAGAUGAGACCAUAGCAAAAUUAGUUUCUGAACUCAUGAGCAUCUACUGCCCCCUUCAAUUCUUUAGUGGACUGUUGUGUGUUGGCAUGGGCAUAGUCCUGGGCACUGGACAGCAGAGGAUUGCAGCCAUCGCUAAUCUAAUUGGAUAUUACUGUAUUGGACUUCCACUAAGUAUUGCUCUGACCUUCCCAGCCAAGUUACAAGUCGCUGGCUUUUGGUGGGGCCUUUUUAUUGCUGUCUUCUUGCUAUCAAUCUUUUUCAUUGUCAUAAUCUUCAAAUUAAACUGGAAGAAGAUAACCGAAGAGGCUGUUGAGCGAGCUGGAAAAGGGAAGAGCAGAGGUGUAAUGCACACAGAGUUUAGAUCCAGCCACCGGCUCUCCGAUAGCUUUUUUCUUGCACUUAGUAAUUUAGAGCGUCAGAAUCAGAAUGGCUACACAGCCGUGAACUCUCAAGACGUGGACGAGGAAAAAAGCACUUCAGCGGCUCAGGAAAGAUUGAGAGAAACUCAGGAAGGAGGAAUGAGAAAUGAAAAUCAACACUCCACCUCACAGAAGAAACUAAGCUUAACUCAGGAAGGACGAAUGAGCAAAGAAAACCAACUCUCCACUUCUCAGCUCAUCAUCAGGAGAGGACUGACUGCUCUGACUGCUGUACUUAUCCUCACUGUAGGGAUUACUGCACAUUUCACAUUGCCUCUGCCUGAGGUUGCUUCCAUCACCAAUAGCACUUUGGCCUUAGAAAACUCCACUUUAUCUUCUUCCAUUGCCACAUAUAUGUAGUCCUUUUGAGACUAGUGGAUUCUUUCUGGAUAAUCGUCAAGGUUUUCAUUUGGUAUUGAUCUUAUACUGUAUACUGUAUUAUGAUUUUAGUGUAUUGAUCUUAGUGUCAUUUAAACUACCAGGAUACAAUAUGGUAUAUAGACACUGCUGAAAUGUGAGAAUGUUAUCAAUACAUGAGGUAGAAAUACAAUCAUACAUAAUCGUAAUACAAUCGUGAAUCAUAAGUAAUACAGCAAAAUUAGUUAUUAUCUCUCUAUCUAAAGAAAAUAACAUAGGAAAAUUGUGUUAGGCUAAGACGUAGGCUAAUUAAUAUUUGUUUUAAUUGCACAUCUAUAUGAAUAAUGGAAUGAACUGCAUAAACAAAGAACUAAUGUCACUUUGUAACAAUAAUAAUAAUUUUAAUAAUGUAUUAAAAUGUGCAUUUCUAUAACUUCUGAAACAUAUAACAAGAGAUUGUAAACCUACUGUAUGUAUGUAGCAUUGCACCUUCAUGUAGCCUUUUGUCUGAAGGUCAAGACAGAGUGAAAGUCCAUACAAUAAAUACCCUUUGACUACUAA